AAAGACUAAAUGUGUGCAAAUAUAAAUUUUAGAUGUGUGCAGGUUUUACACGUUUUGAUGAGUAACACUGACUGAGCUUUUGAAAAGAAUGUAUUUCUUCCUCUCUGGUUGCCUUCUCAAACAGGGUUUACAAAAGACGUGUUUUUCCACGAGGUACUUGAACGCAGCCAUGCGGUGAAGGAGAUGCUUGCAGCCGCAGCUCUGCAGCGGAACACUGAACACAAUGAGUGGGAAGAAGGAAGCUGAAUCUCUGCACAACAAGUGACUGAUCAUGGCCAGUCCAAGGCAAGACAGUGUCCGGAGCCGCUCAGCAGAGCCUGAUCCCGGGGGCCUGAAAACGGUGCAGAUGCCCCACCGACAGGAACCGUCCGGAGAAGCAGGGGACGCGGAGGGAUCGCUUCGGGAGCUGCCUCGAUGGAUGCGGUUUUACUUCUACGGGAUGCACGGCGUGACUCUGGAUGUCCUGCUCUCUUCGUUGCAGGGGUUUGUAAACCACAGAGACCCCAAACUGGUGGGCUUCUCCUCCCCUUAUCUGUGCGUCAUGCAUUCACUGACCCACUUUGCACUGGAGAAGAUAUACUCUCAGAAGAGGAGUUUCCGAGGUCGGCCUGUGGUGUUCCAUCUGGUUUUCUACCCCUCCAUCUACAUCGGGCUGCAGAUCCUCAUCGGGAACAUCAACACACUGACGGAGCAGGUGAGGAUGGUUUCCGGCACGCAGCUGGUGGUGCACUACAUCCUGGCUCUGUAUUUUGGGCAUGUGUUCCACAGAUGGCUGUCAAGACUGAGGUUUGACACCCCCUGCACCCCUGACCCUGCAUGCAAACCCAGCCAGGUGGACAGAGGUCAUGAGCCCCUUCAAGGUCUCCCCGGCUUUGUGCGUUUCCUGUUCUUUGGGAUGCAUGGCUUUCUGGACGAGGUGGUGUUCACCUCUGUUUUUAACCUGGUGGAGAAGUCUGACCGGACCCUGAGCGGCCACACCUCCCUGUGGUCCUUCCUGAUGUAUGGCAGCUGCAGCUACCUGGUGGAAAAGCUCUACUUCCACCUGCGCUUCAGCAGAGGCUGGGGGCCGUGGCGGAGGCUCCCCUUUUACGUGUGCUUCAUCUACACCUGGGAGUUCUCCUGGGGCCUGGUUCUCAGGCAGUUCGGCGCCUGCUCCUGGGACUACUCCCACUAUCCCUACAACUUCAUGGGCCUCAUCACGCUGCUGUACCUGCCGGGCUGGGUCUGCCUCAGCCUGUACCAAGACGUGCUCUCUAACGCCCUGAUCAGGGUCAAGUGCACCAAAGAUGUAACGGGUCCAAGCAACGGGAAUGGAGAGGUCAACGGACAGCUGGAGAAAAAAAUACUGUAAAUUUGUAUUUUCUAAUGUUUAACUCAAGGGAUAGUUUUGCACACAUCAGACUAAUGGAGACUAAUAUAUUAAUCAAAUCAAACCGAUUUGAUAGAAAUAAUAUAAGCUGAUAUUCAUUAAGAAGUGCAAUAGGUCAACAUAUUUACUCUGGGACCAGUUUGACCUUGAUAUGUUGGGGGAUAUGUUAAUUGUUUAUCUACAGAAUAUAACAUUUUGGACGGUUGGUUAGCAAUAUGUUGCCGUGAGAACAUAAAGACAUUGGAUUCAAUAUUAUUGGAUAUGUAUGGAUCAAAAACGCAGGUCAAACACAACUAACCCUGAACUGCUCAGUGGUAAAUUCAGAUAACCUACUGCCAUUUCUAUCUGUCUGAUGUAGAAUACAGUUUUAAUAUUCAUAUUUUAAACAGUUUUCAUGACUUUGGUAAUGUGACUUUUCAGUGUUUUAAUAGAUUGCAGUGACAGACUUGCCAUUUUAUACAUAACAUGCAUUAUAACAGGUCUAGUCUGAGUUUGAAGUGUCAUUAGCCUGCUUUAAAUUGAGCUUAUAUCUGCAUGCUUAAAGUAGACAUUAAAUAGCAUCUAGAAGGUUUACAGAUUACAUUGAAAAGUCAUAGGACUUAUAAACAACUGGGCAGUAAAAUCGUUUUUAAAUGUUCAUCCCUUUUUCCUUAUAAUUCAAUGUAAUACUAUUUUUUCUCACUCAUCAUGUGACCCUGGAUUGCACGGCAACUAUUAGAGUAGUUUCAAAUCCAGUAGACCGGAUAUAUGUAGCAUGGACACCUGUUGCUGAGAGGAAAGGAGGAGCGAUGAAGUGAGAUUUUACUGUGAAUCUUUUCUAAACCAAACGUUACUCUGCUGCAGUGCCUUCCUGUGCUAACGGACUCAAUUUAACUCAAACACACAAGGCUUGGUGUCCAUGGGGCUCCAAGUGUUAUAUGAAAAGCAACGAGCAAUUACUAUUAUAGAAGUAUGUUAAUCUUUAGCAUCAAUGAGGCUGCAUUUCUUUACACUGGAUCCACCCAAAUAAUGCACAUUUAAAUACAGCUGAUACAGAUUUCUAUAUCCAAAACAAACAAAUGCAUAUUUUAUAUAAAUGAUUUAUCAGCUUAGCUCAAAGUCAAUCUAGUACAGACAUAUUGUAAAUCCAGAAGUACAUUUCUUUGGUUAAAUAUUCCCUAAAUAAAGCAUUUUUCUGAUCUCCACAUAUGCUUUACGCUGGUUUUAUGCCUUAAAUUAGUAUUAGUACCAUGCACUGUGACUAAACUAAAUCUGGUAAAUCUUAGCAAACCUGUGUACUCUUUACAACUCACUUUGUCUGGUGAGUAACCACUACUUGGAGUUAGCAUCACUAGCACCUGAAUCUGUUUAAUUUGCAUUUUGACCUGUCAUUAAUGAAGAAACUCCUUCAUUUAUUUAUAACUUUCCAAAGGAAUUGAUUUUAAUUAUUUCUGCUAGAUGAAGAUGUUUUUGGGGGUUCAGUAACUCUCGCAAAAUAUGGCAAAGGUAAUGAGUUUCUUCAUCAAAUAAUCAAAUUGCAUUUUGUCAUUAGAAGGGUAACUGGUAUAUACUUAACAUUAUACACUUUAUUUUAUUAAUAAAAAUAGGCACAAAUGUUCAAAACCAUGUCAGAAGUGAUAGAAAUCGCACUGAAGGUUAACAGCAUUCGUGUGGGGGUUUUGUUUUGUCCAACCUGGCAGCUAUAGAGGUUCUUAUAUGUGUUCACUAAACCAGAGUGAAGGACUUUAUAGAACCUUAAGAUGCUCAUGGCUAAGGGACUGUUUUUCUAAAUACUUUACUUUUUGUCACUCACCAAUUUAAAAAGAAAGACCACACUGUUUUUAGAAAGUUGACUCGCAAUGGCAUGUAUUGUACGACUUUACUACUGAAUUAAAUCAGAUUUUUUCCUGUU